GUCCCGUCCCGUCCCGUCCCGUUCCAUCCCGUCCCGUUCCAUCCCGCCCCGGGGGAUGCAGCGCCCCGCGCCCCGCGGCUGAGCGGCUCCGGCUCCAUGGGCGGCACCGGCAGCGCCCUGCGCUGCUGCCCCGCCGGCGGCAAGAGACAGCUAAAAGCCCAGCAGCAGAAAGGAUCAGUUUCCCAGGAGCUCACGGCCUUGAAGAUAGAGAACGCCAAUGAGGAUGGGAAGGAGAAGGCAGCCCUGCAAGAGGAGUGGACGGAGAGCACAAAACUCUUCCAAGGCCAGGAGGAGGAGCGGCUGCAGGAUGCCGGCCAGGCAGGCACUGCGAGAAUCGCCAAGGAUGUUAAUGUCCAGGUGGAAAAGGGAAAAGAUGUGGAGCUGCAGGAGCAGUUCGAUGCGCUGAAGAGGGAACACACGGCGACCCUGCAAGAGCUCCAGAGAGUGCAUGAGCAGGAGAAGCUGCUGCUGGCAGAGUCUCACCACAGGUCCCAGGCGGCCUUACAGGAGACAAUCCAGGCACUGAAUUCCCAGCUGAAGUCCUUCCAGGAGAGGAUGAAGCGGGUGGAAGAGUCACUCUUGAGCACAGACUACAAGAAACACAUCCAGGAGCACGGGAGCCCCAGCCCCUUCUGGGAGCAGGAACUGGAGAGCCUGCACUUCGUCAUCGAGAUGAAGAACGAGUAUAUCCACAGCCUGGACAAGAAGCUGCUGAACUUGGAGACUGUGGCGGAGAGGAACCUCCUGCUGGAGGAGAAAGUGAAGACCCUCCAGCAGGAGAACGAGGACCUGCAGGUUCGCACCCAAAACCACUUGAUCACGGCAAGGCAGCUGUCGGAGGAGCUCCUGGCCGCCCGCGGGGCACUGGAGAAGGAGGCACAGCUGCGGGAACAGGCUUGUCACGAGAAAGAGGAGCUGCUGUACCGCGUGCUCAAUGGAGUGGAUGGCUCCCCCUUCCCCAUCGCUGCCGGCGAGGUGCCCCUCAUCGCCACGUAGCACGCUGCCGACUGGCACCACACGCUGCUGGGAGGGCUGUCGGGGCUUUCCUCGAGACGUGGGAGCCCAGGGCUGCUCUCACAAGUGGUCCUGCCACCAGGGCAGGCUGUCAGGGCAGCCGAGCCCUUGGGGUGGCCCCAUCCAACCGAGGCGAUGGAGCAUUUCACAAGACACUUGUGCCUGCCUUUCCCCAGCCCGCGUGGGGAUGCAGAGGUCCCUGACCAGCCCCCCUGUGCCGUUCCUGCACCCCUUCAUCUGUUGGGAGGCAGUGGGGGCCUUGCUAGGGGAUAAAAGGGGUCAGACAGGACUCACAGAUGCGCACUGGGCUGGAUCCCACCCAGCGCUUGGCUCUCAGCAUAACCAGCAUCAGUGCUGUCCAGGGGCAUGGAGGGGAAGGCGAGUUGGUCACUGGGAUGGGACAGGGAUGAGAACCAAGAGGGUGUGGAGGCCGCUGGGGAUGUGGUUCUGUUAAGGUACCUCACCCUCUUGGGAGCAUCUCUGGGAAGUGCACGACCAAGCCCAGGGCUGGGCCACAGAGGCUUUCAUAGGUGGCACCAAAAGGCAGGAAGGAGGGGGGAACUGGGUGAAUCUGCCACCUCCAGCACUGCCCUUGCCGUAGACCAUAUCAACCCAUCCCAUUUUGGGGUUCAGCCUCCUGCGUGGGCUGCUCUGAGCUGACACCACCCCCUCAGGCUGAAGCAAGGGUCUUCCUUGGAACUGCCUCGCUGCCUGGGGAGGGUAGCCAGGCAUGGCUCCCCUCCAUCCCCUCCUCUCUCCAUCGCCUCCUCCACCUUCAGCAAACAGCUCCCAGGGAAUGCCCAGGCACGCCCCCACUGACCACCAUAUGGACACCAAGCCCUCCUUGUCCUCCACUGCCCGGCAGCACCACCAGCCCCAUCGUCUUCCCCCAAAGCUGGACAGAGGUGCACAUUCAGGGAGCAGACCAUCCUCCCACUUUGGGAGCAGGCAGCUGCCAGCAAGUCACAUCCCUCCCUGCUCCGAGCCAGUGCAUCUCACCAUAGGAGACGCUGUCAGCACAGCAGUGGGGCCACAGGUCACGGCUGGAUGCACACAGGCACUUUCCACUGGAGUGUGGUGGGACAGUCACUGCACCAGGGGCUGGUGCUGGGCUGUCCCCUCCCCGAGGCUGUUCAGCUGAGGGGUGAGUGUGUGUGCACACACAUGUGUAUGUAUUUGCACCAGGCCAA